AUGUCGGGAAGCCACAUUGCGCCACAGCUGGGCCUCCAGCCACCCACCAUACGCGACCACGCGAUCCAAAUUGAAGCAGACAUACGCGCCUUGAUGGAAUACCGAGUCAACCCGCUAGGCAAGAAUCGAGCACCAAACUGGAAUAUGAUCGAACCGCUCCUCAGGAGCUUCAACACCUACCUUGAGAAAACCCAGGACCUCCCUACCACCAGCCAGCUGGCCACGGAAGUGCACGCGACGGCUCGCGCCCAGGAAAUCCUCAGCAAAGAGAUCACGGAAAUCAAGAACAUCCUCGCAGCCCCAGUUGACCCGACCCUCGAGUGGACCCCGAGAGAUCCUCGUGAAGCUGAACGAAACGAAUCCGGAGCAAACAAGCCGUCGAGCAACCGCCGAAGACGUAAAAGAAAAGGUCAACAACAUGCUAAAAAGUCACCAGGAUCCAGCCCUACAGAAAACCCAGAUUAUCGCAGUGAAACGACAUCCCAGCGGUGA